CCGGUCAAUUGCGCACUAUGCACGCGACCAACGGAGUUGUCGACUCGCCUACCCCUCGCCAAGAUGGCGACCUUGGCUAUAAGCCAGUCCUGACUGGAAAGCAAGAACACUAUCUCAAGCGCGAACUCAUCGCCCGCCAGGUCCAAAAAGAGAUCUCCGAACUAAACUCCCCAACCGCCCUUCGGCGCUUUGGCGCUCCCUUCAAGUCGGAUUUCGGAGAAGUCGCGCCUAUCGAUUCUGAGCUUCCAAUCCUUCGAUAUAUAUUCGUUCACCAUGUUCGAAAUUUCCCAUUCUUAGAUCAGGCACGGGAGAAAGAAUUUUGGCAGGACAAGCUGCAAGUGUUUCUCGAAUCAUUUGCGAACAAGAAUGUUUCGUCCUCUGAAGACCGACUGGAGGAGACGAAGCGAAGAAAGUUGGCCCGAAAGUGCGAGAAACUCGUCGAGCUGAUGAUGGUUUCCGGUAUCCCCACCGCAUCUGGCUAUGAGGAGCGUAUCCAGUUUUCGGAAAUGGAGGUAGUUGACCGUGGUGCUAAUGAGAAGGGGCUUCUUGUCAAUAUGCCGGAGGGGAAUGCGAUUAAUGGCUGGGAUAUCAAUGUGGCUGCUGUGCGGGUAACAUCCGUACGGCGGACGGUUCGACAUCAUCAACAUGCGGAAUUUAUCAUCCGCGUAAGACGGAACGGUCAGCCAGAUAUCUUUGUAGCUCGACGGUUCGGCGAGUUUGUCAAACUUCAAAAGAGGUUGCACACCGAGAUACCGGGCAGGGCGGUGCCGCCCCUCCCACGAAAGAACAAAUCAUCAACAGCAUCAACACUCUGGGGCGGUAGCACCGCGGAAGACGAUGAGUCGUCUCUCUCGUCCGUCUCGACCCAGGAUAUUGGGCCUCCAGAGGAGACUCGUUUAUCCCGCAACAGUCUGGCUCCGUCGGAUAUUGUUCAACGCACGCGUUCAAGAUCAAGGAGCUCAGUAAGAAAGUCUCCUAGAUCGUCUGCGGAGGUACCUAGAGAAACUGUGCUCUACCGAGAAGAGCAGCGGAUUUCGCUUCGCGCGUUCCUUCGUACACUUCUACAGAACAAGCGGAUAGCCGAGUCAAAAGCUUUAGAAGAAUUCCUUACUGCAGACCCGUUUGUUCCUGGGCAGGAAGAGACGCGUGACAUGGAACGACGGAAGGAAGUCGACGCUAUCAGGAUUGAGGAGCAAAAGCGAUUCUACGAGAUUGCCCGUGAACGGGCGGCAGAGCUGGAUGUGUAUAUGGAAAAAUUCCGUCGAGAUAUUGUAGAAAGCAAUGGGUUGACAAAGCUUUUUGCCGAGAUCCGAGAGAAACCGACGGUUGAAGAUUUGAGCCCUCAAUAUCAGAAGUUUGCGGAAUGGUUGCGCAUUGAGGUUGCGGCUACUCUGUACCAUCUUUUCCUGGCCGAAGACAAUUCGGCAGAGCUCUUCGCGCAGGCCAAACGGAUUCACUCCUUAGUGCCCUAUACCUUGUUAAAGAAUGUGAUCCGCAUCGCCAACCCCGCCGCUGUAAUGACUGGCGUUUUGGACCUCUUCCUUGCCCAGCCUUUCGGCUCCCGGUCUCUUCUGCAGCGAAUAUUCUCCAUGACAUUGCAUGAUGGCAUUAAAGGAUUCCAGCGAUCGAUCGAUGCCAUGGCUGCUAAAGUUGACGAUCCUAUCAUCUCGCAGAAGCUGAAAGCGUUCACCGAGGCAGACGAGGCUAUCAAGAACGAGAUUCGUCUUGAGGCUGCCGAGGACGAUGUGGACGUUGCUGUGGCUAUUCUGCGAUCAGAUUAUCUGCCAUUUGAGCUGUCGACCGAGCAAAUUGGCAAGGUCUUUAAUUCAUACGUCGCCUGGAAUCACGCUGUAGAAAAUGUGGACGAGGAAAUGCGGGAGGGCGCGCAGUGGUUCGCUAAUGUGAAGCAGUUGCUCAAACUAUACACGCGACAGACAGACAAGGCGAAGAUGCUCAGCAUCAUCGAAGAACCAGUGACGCUCCAACUGUUCCGCGAUCUUUUCACCAUCUUCUAUGAGCCUUUGGUUCGAGUGUACAAGUCAGCGAAUGUUUACAGCAGUAUCACCGAUUUCGCCAAGUUUGCUGACGACGCAAUCGCUGUGAUUGAAAAGUGCCAGAGGCAGGAUAUUUCCGCCGACCCAAACCAAACUGUUCAAGCCUUUAUUGAUCUCUGCGAACGGCACCAGAGUAGUCUCUACAAGUUCGUCCACGAGGUCCACCUGCACGAUAACGGACUGUUUGGGUCCCUGAUGGCAUGGAUUGAAGAUAUUCUUCAAUUCCUGCGUAACGGGCCAAAAGGCGGCAAACUCGACAUGAACGCGCUGUUUAGCGGUGCCAAGGACAUGGGUCAGAUUGACCCAGCCCUCGCUCGUGAGGAGAUAGAUAAACUCAUAAAGUGGCAUGAGGAUCGCAAGCAGUGGCACCUCAACAAGACUCGCCAGAAGAUGGCCGCUGAAGGAACGGCUAGUUCUCCAUUCCAGACCAAGUUCAAAUCGAGCGACUUUGGUUUGGAUGAGGCCGACCUUGAACAUCUCGCCAUUUCCGACGAGGAUUCUGAUCACUCCGAUGACAUCGACGCCGAAGACGAGGCAGAAGAAUUAGACCCGAUAGCUGUUGAACGAAAACGACGGUCCCGGCAACAGGACCACUUGCGCCGUACAGCCGGAGAGCCCGUCAAACCGGAAGUUCACGAGAUCCUCAAGCUGUCCGACUCGUUUGGUGUUCUGCUCCGCCAGGUGUUGGCGGACUGAGGUCGCCAUUUCGUUUCGUUCGUUCUGUUGCGAUACCCACUGCAUCUAUUCAUAUACAUCUUGAAGUUGCGAAGUUUGUUGUUUCGGCUCGCUUUUACAGUAUUUGCAUUGCAGGCUAGAGUAGACUAGGGCAUACAACAUCUGGUUGCAUGGCAUUAUAUUCCUAUAGAAAUCAAUGGAGGGCAUUUGACGUCG